AUCUUUGUACUACGAUUUUUUGCGUUUUACCUGGAAGGUGUGUAGAGUUUUCACUUGGGUGUUCACAUCACCUCCUUCCUUGGGAUUGCCUUUGAUGGCACUGUUGUUAGUGGGGUGCUCUUUCCACUGGCUUCCUUCGUUUUGGGUUUCACUUUGUGGGCCCUGUUGCUAACGGGUUGCUUCUUCCGAUAUGUGGCAGCUACCGGUGUGGUGCUCGGCGGUGUUUGGGGAUUUGUUUUGGGGUUCUGUUUUCACUCAGUUUUCUUCUAAUUUUGGGGCUCUCUUCAGCUUCUUUUCAGGUGUGUGCAGGGAACAUUCGUUUCUGUUGGUUGGUAAGCGGCUUUCUGGCGACAAUGGGUUGAAGCUGCUAGGGUUUGUUUUGGACUCAAAAUUUUAUUUUGGGCUCUUUAGUUGCUUCUGAGGUCCUUCUUUUUGUUUAUGUGUGUGUAUCUCGGCCCUUUCUUAUGUAAUUAUUGUGUUGAAAUAAAACAACUUUUCACCCAAAAAAAUGAGCAAGUUACACAAAAAACCAUACUUGUUGAGGAGAAAAAUCACAAUACUUUACCUAGUUCUCAAAACUAGUAAUUCCAAAUCUGACAAGGAUUUCAAAUUUCCCACGAAAAUUAGGAAUCCCUGUAAAAUCUCGUACAUAACCAUAGAAUCCCUAUAAAAAUACAAGUCAGAUUGAAAUACUGAUAAUUUACAACUAGUUUACGAACUAAAUCAAAGGCAUCAUGGCAAGCAUGCUCUCUUCUCUUGCUCUCGUCGUCUGUAUACUGUGUUUUUCGGCAUUGAUUCCGCAGGCUACCCCCGCCCCGUUCCUCUUCCCGGAAGCUCAGUCCACCAUCGUCCCCGACCCUUCAACCUUCUUUGCCUCGAACCUCCUCUCAUCCCCGCUCCCCACCAACUCCUUCUUCCAAAACUUUGUCCUCGGCAAUGGGGAUCAACCUGAAUACAUCCACCCCUACACCAUCAGAUCAGCCAACUCUUCUCUAUCUCUUGCUUACCCGUCUUUCUCCUACACCUCUACCGUCGUAUCCACAACCCUGUUCAAAGCCGACCUCACCAUCGCCUCAACUUCAAAUAGCAACGGUCACCAUGUAGUCUCCGAUUUCAAUGAUUUGAGUGUGACAUUGGACUUUCCCUCCUCCAACCUCCGCUUCUACCUGGUUCGGGGAAGCCCCUUUCUCACCUGCUUUGUUUAUCGUCCCACGUCGGUUUCUAUAUCGACCGAUCAUACGACUGUCUCGGCAUCCUCAGCGAGUGGCUCGAACACCAAGUUCAUCGUCAAGCUCGACAAUGAUCACACAUGGCUAAUAUAUACAUCCUCACCAACUGAAUUUACUGACAGCGACUCAUCCACGUUAACUCUUAAAGAAUUUUCUGGGAUUUUUCGUGUUGCUGUACUGCCGGAUCCUGAUCCUAAAUCUGAGCAAGUUCUCGACCACUUCAGUUCUUGUUACCCGAUUUCUGGUGCAGCUGUGCUCGAAAACUCAAAUACUUUGUCGUAUAAGUUCGAAAAGAUAGGUGGAGACUUGCUCAUGCUAGCUCAUCCUCUACAUCUCAAGCUUCUGUCCAACGCCACAAUUUUGCAAGAUUUUAAGUACAAAAGCAUCGACGGGGAUUUGAUUGGCGUUGUGGGUGAUUCGUGGGUGUUAGCACCGAAGCCUAUUCCAGUCACAUGGAAUUCCGUUGGAGGUGUAAAAAAGGAUUCGUUUUCAGAGAUCAUAUCUGCGCUUCGUCGAGAUGUUGACGCUCUUAGUUCAACAGAAUCAACUACCACGUCUUCAUACUUUUACGGGAAACUAGUUGCUAGAGCUGCGAGGCUGGCUCUGAUCGCCGAGGAGGUAGCCUGUCCUGAUGUAAUCCCUGCGAUUAGGACAUUCUUGAGCAAUAAAAUCGAGCCGUGGUUGGAUAGUACUUUUAGCGGCAACGGAUUCUUGCAUGAUAAAACAUGGGGUGGACUUGUUACCAAAUCCUCCACAACUGAUCCAGCUGCAGAUUUCGGGUUUGGUCUUUACUCCGAUCACCAUUUUCAUCUGGGGUACUUUAUAUACGGAAUUUCCGUGUUAGCAAAGAUUGAUCCUGCAUGGGGAGAGAAGUACAGGCCUCAAGCAUACUCGCUCGUGGAGGAUUUUCUCAACAAGGACAAGCAAUCGAAUCCAAAUUACACGCGUCUGAGAUGCUUUGAUCUUUAUAAGUUGCACUCAUGGGCGGCAGGGUUGACAGAAUUCGCAGACGGGAGGAAUCAAGAGAGUACGAGUGAGGCAGUUAAUGCGUACUAUGCAGCUGCUCUAAUGGGGAAAGCGUAUAAAGAUGCGCAACUUGAGGCCACCGGUUCGCUGCUUACUACAUUGGAAAUUCAGGCAGCUCAAAUGUGGUGGCAUGUGAGAGAGGGAGGAGAGAAUCAAAUUUACGAGCAAGAUUUCGCGAAGGAGAAUCGGGUUGUGGGAGUUUUAUGGUCGACCAGGAGAGACAGCGGGCUUUGGUUUGCGACUGCGGAGGCAAAAGAAAUCAGACUUGGAAUCCAAACGGUGCCUGUUUUGCCAGUUACUGAGGUAUUGUUCUCUGAUGUCCGGUUUGCUAGUGAGCUAGUGAACUGGGCAUCGCCGGCGCUCGGCAGGACGGGAGUCACGGAAGCAUGGAAAGGAUUUGUGUACGCAUUACAAGGGAUGUACGACAAAGAAGGCGCUUUGGAGAAGAUUAGAAGCUUGGAAGAAUUCGACGAUGGAAACUCCCGCAGCAAUCUCUUAUGGUGGAUUCACAGUAGAUCAACUUUUGUUGGUUAAUUUCUUCUGUAUGAGUUCUUUUUUUUUUGUUUAAUUUCAUAUUCUUUUCCGUAAUUUUUUUAACGAUCCAAAUCUUUUAUAUUUUAACACUUCAUUCAUAUACGAUCCAUGCAAAAAAAAAAAAAAAACUACAUAAAUCCAAAACAUUAAGACAUUCAAUUGUAGUGACAAAAUCAAAUGAAUAUGGCAUUUUAAAAAAAAAACCUAAAAUAACUACCAUUUAAGCCAAUGGUCAUAUAAUCUCAAUUUUAAAGUAAUUUUUGGUAGAUAAUC